UCUUCUUCUUCUUCUUCUUGCCUCGCUCACACUCACCAAUCAAAUUAACCAACUCCCCCAUCCCUCUCCUCUCUCUCUCUCUCUCUCUCUCCUAAUCUGUAUAUCUUUCAGCUGGCCCUCUCUCUAUAUCAUCAUCCCACUUUCUGACCGGGGUUUCCGAGGAACAAUCCAAACUGUCUCUUCAACUCAUCAUCAAUAUCCACUCCCGCCGGCCGGCCUGCAGCUCUCUAAUUACGACAAAACCAUAUAUCUGCCUGCAGGAAGGAAGGAAGGACGGACAGACACAGACGGCGGCGGCCCGUCAGUAGUAGGUAGCAGAAUAGAGGCCCAAAUGGAACGCAAGUUCAACAGCAUCAGCUCACUAAUGAUGAGCAGCAGCGAGCUAGGCCUAGAAGAAAACGACCACUCCCGUACGGAAAGUGGGCCUGACUCCCCUCCUUCCGCUUCCGACAUCAAGAUGGCCUCCACUUCUUCCACUACCACUUCUUCUUCCCCUAAACGCAGUGGUAAGCGCGGGGCGCAUAAGCGAGUGGUGUCGAUCCCAAUCAAGGACGUGGAAGGUUUGAAGCUCAAGGGGGAGACCGCUCCCCCGCCGGCCGACUCCUGGGCCUGGCGAAAAUACGGCCAGAAGCCCAUCAAGGGCUCACCCUACCCCAGAGGGUACUACAGGUGUAGCAGUUCGAAGGGCUGCCCAGCGAGGAAACAAGUGGAGAGGAGCCGCGUGGACCCCACCAUGCUAGUGGUCACCUACUCCUGCGAGCACAACCACCCUUGGCCGCCUCCUUCCAGAACCAAUCACCACCACCACCACCACCACGCCGCUAAAUCCGCCUCCGCCGCAGUUGCCACGCCGGAGACUCCACCCGCGAACCCGGAGUCGCCGGAGGCAGAGCCGGAGGAGGAGGAGGCGGCGGCGGCGACGAGGUUCACGAGUUUCGGGGACGAGCCGAUGCUGUCCGCGGCGGAUCACGGCGAGUUCUCGUGGUUUGGGGAGAUGGAGACGUCGACGUCAGCGAUUCUGGAUAGCCCGAUAUUCUCGGGGGGGAGUAGGAGGGGAGGACAGCUGGCGGAUGACGUGGGUGGCGAUUUGUUUCUGCCGAUGAGGGAGGAGGACGAGUCGUUGUUCGCCGAUCUGGGGGAGUUGCCGGAGUGCACGGCGGUGUUCAGGCACCACCGUGGAUUGGGGAUGGAGGUCCAGAUCUGCUGAUCGUAAUCACUGACGUGGUGACGGCCACUUUUUUUUUCUUUUUAAUUUUCAAUUUUUAUUUUGUUUGAUUGGAUCGUCGUCAUCAAUCGCGGGGGAAGGUGGGGAGGGAGGAUUAUUAAAAAAUAUUCAAAGGUGUGCGUAUCGUGCGCCAUAAGAAAAGAGGGAAAAAAAACUUUAAAUAAUAAUAAUAUAAAAAAAUAGUAUUUUUCUUUUGAGGGACGGGGUACUACAAUUAUUAAUUAUCAUUUUUUCGUAUUUUUGUAAUUUUCGUGUUCUCUUCUUUUUUUCUUUUUUCGUUUUUAUUUGAGCAAUUUUCAUAUUUUGCCUUGAUUUCAGUGUAGUUGUAGUAGUGAACUGAAUAAAAACGACGGAAGAAAAAAAAAAGAGCCCACUUAUCCGAUGUGUCAUGACCGUUUUUGUAAUUAACCAUCCUUCAACUUGGUUGCCGUCUCCAUCGGAUUAUGUAUUGGCCUUUACUUUUAUACCGGU